UUCGAUAAAACCUACGGAGCUUCGCUUCUAGCUUCCAGGUUGCUUGAUAGCUUUAUUCGGCAAAACUUUGAACCUCGUUCGUAUUUCAACAACCUGCACAGCAUUGCAAUGGACUCUGAAGAUGGAAGCAGUUUUCAGGUCGACCCUAGCGUGACCAAGGCAUUACCAGAAGGAUGCCGGGUGACUUCAACAGAACAACACGGAGUCAGCUUCUGGGCUAGCACAAGCCGAAUCGAUGUCGAAUUGUCAAAUGGCACUCAAGAAGCAUAUUUCGUCAAAGUAAUGCAAGGGGAAACAGGCAAAAAUAUGCUGCACAGCGAGUUCGAAUCCAUGCAAGCCAUCUACACCCUACUCCCGGACUUCUCGCCCAAACCAAUAGCCUGGGGAUCAUACGCAGAAACCGAAGACACACACUUCAUCAUCAUGGAGUUCCGCGACAUGAUCCUAGAAAUGCCAGAUCCAGACAAAUUCGCCGCUCGACUGUCAGAUCUACAUCACAACAGCAAAUCCCCCAAUGGCAAAUUUCGCUUUCACGUCACUACCUAUCCCGGUAAUCUGCCGCAGUACUCAGAUUGGGAAGACAAAUGGGAGACCUUCUUUGCCAAAGCAAUGAGGCAGGCUCUCGAUCUCGAGAUCGCCGCAAAAGGCUACGAUCCCGAAUUCGAUGAACUUAUUCCCGCCCUAUUCGACACAAUCAUCCCACGCUUGCUACGACCACUCGAAAGCGACGGUAGAUCCGUGAAACCUUCAUUAGUCCAUGGCGAUCUGUGGUAUGCCAAUUCGGGAAUCGACAGCAACACAGGGGAACCCAUCGUCUUCGAUGCUUGUUCAUUCUACGCUCAUAACGAGUAUGAAUUCGGGCAGUGGAGACCUGUGUGUAAUCGAUUCGGCGACGAGUAUGUUCAGGCUUACUUCAAAAACGUUCAAGUGUCGGCUCUUGAGGAGGAUUAUGAUGGAAGAGUGGAUCUGUACAAAUUAAAGUUUAACACGCAUAUUUCGGCAUUGUUCUUUGAUAAUCCUACGCUACGUGAGCAAAUGUUAGGUGAUUUGAGGGAUUUGAAGGCGAGAUAUGGCUGAUCAACUGAGCGGAGAAUAGCACAGCCGCUCGAGCGCCUGCUCUGUUUGCGUAUGGUAUGAAUGAUGUGGUGUCGCUGUUUACACCACUGGGUUCAGCCUCUUUGAGGUUUCCAAAUCACUCGCCACAACCGUAAUCAUGCUGCCUUCCAACGCCGUAGAAUC